AUGGGUAUUUCUAAUAUCUAUAUUGUUGUUCAGAAGAAAGAGAUGAUCAAGUAUAAGGGCUACCAAACUGCUAAAAUCAAAAGCGUGAUUCAAGUCGUCAAUUCAGUAAUCCAGGGCGUACACCCCAUCCAAUCCCGCCAUUUUGGCACUGGCAAAACCCAAGAGAGCUUUUGA